UCUCAGCCCUGCAGGAAUGACGGACCUCCCUACCAGAUAACAUGGGUUCCUGGGCGUGUGCUUGGGCGUCCGCCCUCGUCCUCCACUCGGCCUUCUCAGCGACGGGAGGAGGCAGUAUGCUGGGCGACGUUAACAUCUCGGCAACUCUCGAUUCCUUCAGUAUCAGUUACGACAAACGAGUACGACCCAACUACGGACGACAGCCAGUUAACGUGGGCGUGACUAUGUACGUACUGAGCAUCAGCUCGGUAUCCGAAGUGCAAAUGGAUUUUACCCUUGAUUUCUACUUCCGCCAGUUCUGGACAGAUCCCCGACUUGCUUUUGAGAAGAAGCCCGGAGUCGAAACUUUAUCUGUUGGCUCCGAAUUUAUAAAAAACAUCUGGGUUCCCGACACAUUUUUUGUAAACGAGAAGCAAUCUUAUUUUCACAGCGCAACCACCAGCAAUGAAUUCAUCAGAGUUCACCAUUCUGGAAGCAUCACCAGAAGCAUAAGAUUAACCAUCACCGCUUCUUGUCCAAUGAACCUUCAAUACUUCCCGAUGGACCGACAACUCUGCUACAUAGAAAUUGAAAGUUUUGGCUACACCAUGAGGGAUAUUCGCUACAAGUGGAACGAAGGACCCAACUCUGUCGGCGUCUCCAACGAGGUGUCUCUCCCACAGUUCAGAGUGCUGGGUCAUCGGCAGAGGGCGAUGGAGAUCAGUCUGUCUACUGGGAACUACUCUCGUCUGGCGUGCGAGAUUCAGUUUGUGCGCUCCAUGGGCUACUAUUUGAUCCAGAUCUACUUUCCGUCGAGCCUGAUCGUCAUCAUCUCGUGGGUCAGUUUCUGGCUCAACCGCAACGCUACUCCGGCUAGGGUCAACCUCGGCGUCACCACUGUAUUGACCAUGACCACUCUGAUGAGCUCCACCAACGCUGCGCUUCCCAAGAUAUCUUACGUCAAGUCCAUCGAUGUUUACCUUGGCACAUGUUUCGUCAUGGUGUUCGCUUCACUUCUAGAAUAUGCUACAGUGGGAUACAUGGCAAAACGAAUACAGAUGAGGAAAAGCCGAAUCCUUGCAAUGCAAAAGAUCGCUGAACAGAAGAAGAAGGAUGCUUUGGGAGAGGCUGGUCAACCGUCGGUCCCAGUGGAGGGAGAUUCUGCGACUUUACCUAAACAAACUGAGGUACGUUUUAAAGUUCAUGACCCUAAAGCCCACUUCAAGGGCGGGACGUUGGAGAACACCGUUAACGGAGGCAAGGGCGACGAAGAAGCUAUGACGGUUCCUUUCCCACGGCCCGGCCAUGUCGACAAGACCGGUACUCUGUUCUUGGGUAUUACGCCCAGUGAUAUAGACAAGUACUCUCGAGUCAUCUUCCCCGUCUGUUUUGUUUGUUUCAACCUAAUGUAUUGGAUCAUCUAUCUCCACAUCAGUGACGUGGUCGCUGACGAUCUCGUAUUGUUAGGGGAGGACAAGUAGACUUUAGAGUCACAAGUUGGCGGAAUUGUUUGUCAGUCAAGAAGUGAAAUAUUCCAACUUGCGGUCUAUUUUGAUUCAGUUUUGGGAUAUGUAUGCAAGGCGCGAAAUAUCUUGGGUGGAAAUCCUAUUCAGUUUGUAGAAUAACUGAGGUAGAGAUAUCAGAUUUGGCUGACUCUCUUCGGAUCUUGCUUUAGCAAGCUAAGAGCUCAAAAUAUUUUGCAUCUAAUAUUGGUUGGUUGUUGCAUUUGGAUUUUUUUUUUCAUUUCCACAUCCAAGAGCAAUAGGGUCUAGCUUGGCUACUUUACUUCAGGCUAGGCCUAAAGGGGCAUGGCAGUAUCACACAGAUAAAAUCUAUUGGUGAUUGGUAAGGUUUGAACCCGAAAUGUCAAGAACUGAUGCCCCGUGUAAUACCACUUGACCAGCUCAUUCCCAUAAUCAGAAUAACGUGUGCCACUAUUUGAUAUAUGAAAUCUUUUUUGUAAAGGUAAUCUUCAAAUAUAAACCAUUCACCAAUCAGCGACGACCUGAUGUUAAAGCUGUUGCUACAGCAAUAAUACUACUCUUAGAAAAAUUAGCACAUAAGCUAUUUGCAAAUCAAGUCAGAAGUCAGUAGGCUAUUUGGGUACUGAAUAGCAAAAAUGUUGACUGCCAUAUAAACUGUAGUAUGUCUGAAUAGGAAUUCCAAAGAACAUAUUUCAUUUGUUUUUGCAACGCUUGAAAUGUUAAUCCAAAUGCACAAUCAGACCUCGUUUCUUCUUGACUUGACAAACACAAUUCCACUAAGCUAAAUCCUCGUCAUGCCUUUCAGUCCAUCCUGUACACAUAUACACAUAGCUAGCAGAACAUUGCACAAACAUUUUCUUACUAGAGAACUUUAGGGAACAUUUUGAAAAGUAGGUAUUGAAAAUAAUUUACAAUGCCUAUCCACAUAGAUCUCGACCCGCAGUGUACAUAUUAACCACUCGUACACGAAUGACACAAUAAAACGAGCAAUAAGUACUUUGUUUCGGCACAAAGAGAGUUAUAAUUUAGAUUCUAAUUUAACUAGUUGAGCUUCAGCUAUGUAGACUGAUCUCAUCAACUCGAGUUUAAAAAGCUUUUUAGAGAUACGGAAUAGCGGCCACUGUAGAUGUAACUUUCAGUCACUGUAAAGUUUUGCUCAACGAGAUAUUUCGUAGUUUGGUUCGAACCAUAAGCUCGGCUGAGACCAAGUUUUUAAUUUAGUCAAACUGAAAAUAGCGGGAUGUUUCUUUCAAACGGAACUUUACAUCUUAAAGACUUUUAAAGGCUAAUAUUUUUAAUUUAGAGGAAUAUAUACCAGCUUACUUUUUAACUGUUGUUAGAUCUAUACAAUGUUUUUGAAAACCAAUGUCCACAUGCUGUGGAAAAGGAGGGAUUUUAGGUAGUAUUUAGUGUUGAGUUUAUUUGGCUUACAGAUUAUAUAGGCCUACAAAUUAUUUAAAUGAGUUUAUUGUAGUGUUGAAUCUUUCCAUACAAAUUUGAUUAAGCUGCUUGGAUGCUGAGUUUGGUUUUAAGAGUUUUAACAGAGGACUUCAAACCUUUACGAUGUUCAAAAUUAAAUGAAAAAUAAAUUAACAAACACUUAUCCUUUACAUAAAUUACCUUAUCUGAUUCAUAAACAUAAAUACAUCCAUACUGAUUUCAACACAUUAAACAUGCCUAACAAACAAUUCUUAAUAGAAAAAGUUCUAAAAUAUUUUAAGUCUUCCAGUUAAGCACAUUUUAAAUAUUUUCCGGCUUUAUAAAUAUUUAAUUACACUCUUAUUAUUUUUAUUAAAAGAGUUUGUUUGGAUGUUUAUUACUAUGACAUUCAUAAUGUUACGGAAUAAAAUUUGUUACUUGAUUAAAAUAUAUAGUAAACAAUUGUUAGAUUUAAUAAGUUUUAACUUUGUUAUUUGUUAAAGUUAUACAACUAUAUCCUAUCUUCCAGAAAAUGUUACCAAGUGUUGCGUCUAGUUUUAAUGUUUAAAACAUAGUUUUAUUUGUUAAAUUUAUCUGUAACUGUUACUUUGAAAUGUCUUUCUUAUAUCUAAGGCGAAUCAAGUAAGAUCGCUAAAUGUUUGUUUUAGUUAACGUAUUCAGGGUUACUAAAAUGUCCAUCGUUAGUAAAUUUUCAAAAAUAAAAUCCAUAAAAGUUCUAAAAAUGGUGUGAAGAGAAUAUCUUUUAUCAAAGUGGAUAACUAGUUUUUCAUUUUAAAUUAUUAUUGAUUACGACCGUCUUAAAUUUUAAUUUCAACAAACACUUAUGAGACAUCUUUAAAAUUUCACAUUUUAUGCCGUGCUGCUCCUGAGAAAGAAUACAAUGACUUAAAACGAAAAAGUAUCUUCCAUUGAAGAAUAGCUGUAGCAGAAUUUUUAUUAACUAUGAAAACUUCUGAGCAAUUUAAAAUUUUAUAAUAGAUAAUGUUUUACAAUUUAACAUUUUCACAAGCUAUGCUUUGCUAUAGUUGAUAUACGCUUGCAAUAGCUUAAGUAACCCUGAAAGAUGGUGCUAAGGAAUGGGUAUGAGAUAAGCAAGUAGCCAAUAACAAAGUUACUUUGGACUGUGAUCUACUGAUAAAAUCAGCUUUGACUUUAAAAGGUAAACACAAGUCUAGCAAAGAGAUACAUUAUUUGUUAAGGUUAGUAACUAAAUCGAUUAAUGAAUAUCAAAAUGUGUUAAAAUUAUUUUGCAAAUAAGAUUGAUUUGGUAAAAUAGGAUAUUUUAGUUUUACUGGUUUUACCAACUUCUAGUAGAGUAAACAAUUCUUGAUUGCCUAAGCAAUGUUUAAAUUGCACCGUAAACAUAUAACAGUAUUUAUAAAAAUUUGAUGUUUGCGUAAUCAAAUACUUCUGAAACUAACACAGCGUGUUAGUUUCUAAAACAUUUGUUUUACACAAUAUUUAAAGCAAUUAAUUGCAUGUAAUGUACUUAUAUCAAUUAACUUAGUAAUUUAUUUCUGUAUGCAAUAUUUGCUCAAAACCAUAAUUAUGUAAAUAUGUAUAAAACUAUUAAUAUUGAGAAAUAGCAAUAACAACCAAAAAUAUCCUAUAGAUUAACGAUACCAGUUUAAAACUACAAUAUAGAGUUUACAGGAUGUUAAAAUUAAACUCAGAAGUUCUGGUUUUUUUAAAGUGUAGAUUAAUGUUUAAUAUAUACAAACAUAGGACAUAUUCAGCAUGACGGUUUUCUACUACUGUACUGUACAGUUUAAUACAUCAUUUUGAAUUAGUUAUCAAAAAGGAUUAGAGAAAAUAAUAAAGAUAUAACAGAGUAUUUCAUAACUGAACAUAACUAGUAUCGUACUUUGUAAUAUUAGAUGACAUAAAUUUUUCUUCAUUUAAAAUAUUAUUUAUCAGAAGGUGAGAAACAUUGUACAUUGUUUUAAUUUGAGUAAGUAUAGAAUGAAGCCAUAUAAUGUCUAUUAAUUUGUGUAUUUACUUCUGAAGAUUCAGUCAUUUUAAAGUUUGUACAGUUGCCUAAUGAAGAGAGGAGGUUUAUUGAAGUUAAAAGCUAUAAAAACAUUUUAUCUGUGAUUGGUUAUGUUGUACUUGUUAAGGAAAGCGUACAUGAAGGGUUAAAAGUAAAUGCUCGAUUGUAAUUUCUUCCAAUUUCUUAAUGAAAAUUCUAUGGGUGUGAGACACUGAUGUUGACUAUUUGAUUAGAUCUAAAAGAUUAUUAAGUUAUAGUAGUGGAUGUAGUUAAAUAUUAUGUUUAUCGUUCUUUGAACCUGUUAGUAAAAUUUAAAGAAAACAUAUAUUUCCUUAUAGUGAACUGAACACACAUGCAAGAUUUCUGUAUAGUAGAAACACAUGCAUUUUUUAAGUAAUUUCACAAUAUAUUUCAUUAUACUGCAAUUUGGAUUUACAUUUUUUGAUUUAUCAUAUAAAGAAGUUAGCUUACCUUAAAAAUAAGCAAUAUUCUUGCAGCAUGAACUGACACUAAAGUCUAGAAAAAUGUAUUAAUGGUCACACCACUUUUAAGGCUUACUUCUUACGAAUAUUAUAGAAACGUGAAAUUCACAAGGAAACUCAAUGUCGACAACACUAACUCGUGUUUUCAGAUUAAAUGAUUCUAUUGGCAGUGUAUUAAGUAAUAGUUUUCUACUUAAACGUAGACAGAUUCUAUAGACUGCUCAUACUUUACUUUCGAAAUAAGUAAGCAAAUGAUAUUCUAAAUAUAUAGAGAAAUGUAAAUUUACUGUGAAUUAAAUGAUAAAUAUAUGUUUGUAUUAAAAUGUAUAAA